GGGCGACGAAGAGCUCGGGUCCGUCAGCCCCAAGAAGCUCUUUUCCGACCUCAGAGGCACAUCGACCGGUCGUGCAUUCGGAGACAAGACAAACAUGUCGCCGAGUCGAUCCCGAAACACGGGGCAGGAUGGCUUUGCUCCAGGCCCAUCGAAGCUCACGUCUUCCAAGAACCUCGCCCGUUCGAGAUCGCCCAGCCCGACGCAAGCCCAAAGCAGAGGCGCGGGUGCGAACUUGGGCAGCCCAGCCAAAGCGAGUGGCAAGUCACAAGGCGUCGUGUUCCUCGGCGCAGGCCGUAGUCCAAGCAAGCAAAAGGGCAAGGCGAGAGACAGGAGCAAGUCGCCCUCCAAGGGCGCUCAGCACGAGGCGGUACAACCGCCGCCACCGCCACCAGCUGAUGCCUCGUAUGUGACUUCGGCCACACCGGCACCCUCGUCGUCGCACCUGCUGCGAAAGGCAUCUUCUUUCAUCACGCCAGCGAGCAAUGUGGGCGAGGCGGGCGCCAGAAGGAUGCGCUACGGAGAAAUGAUGGACGCUCUCGCAGGAAACAAUCUCGAAGACGGCAGUGCUGACCCGGAUCUUGACUCUGACUCAAGGACGAGACCGAUGACGGAGGAAGAGCUGUACCCAGAAAUCGAGUAUAUGGCGCCAAGCCAUUGUGCGAAAGACCCGCCGUAUGACUUUGAUCCGCGACUCGAUGGAUUGCCACGGGGCAAGCAGCUUGGGGAGGCGCUGUCAAAGUGCUCCGCCAUUGGCUUUCACCGCCCGACGCCGAGCGAGGAAGAUCUUCUCAGACGGGAGGGGCUCAAGGAGGCAGACCUGCCGGCUCUCGAAGGUCUGUCUAUCAGAGACGAUGAAGACAACGAUGUCGGCCAAGAAGCGUGGCCCGACGUCGUCAUCAAAGCCAAGCAAGAGGGUCUUGGUAGCCAAGCGCCUGUCAAGAAGCCCGUCUCGCCGAUCCACCGAAGACCCGCACCGCCCUCUAUGAAUGCGCCCAUCGCGAAGCUUGCGGCGGGUAAGACGCUCGCUGCGAAGUCUCGGCCAAGUGUGGCAUCCAGCAAUCGCGCCCCCGUCAAACCAGUCGCAACGGCCCGAGCUAGACCCACACUGGGAACCGCACCACCGAAGACAGCUGGAAGCACCGCUGUGAAAGGCAACGGCGCCACUGCUGCUGCCGCGCCUCGUCUGGCCCUCAAGCCAAAGAAUGGCAACCAGCAGCUGCAGAUGCACCCCCUUCUCCGAAAUGUUCAGGAUGAUGACCUGGGCAAGCAGAUCGACGCUCGUCUUAAGCAGUCGAUGCAGUCCCGCGAAGGGUUCGCAAUCGACGACUAGACCCAACCUCUCCUUCUUCUUCAUCCACACAAUUGCAGCUUCGUCUUCUCCCCAUCAAUCAUUCAAUCUUCAUUCAUUCAAUUUUCUCUCCUCUCCCUCUCAUAUCCUCGGUGCGCUGAG